AAGGAUCUAGUCCAAGACUGUAGAGAUCGACUUCCCGGUGCCUGAUAGACUGCCUUAGUCUGCGGAAGCUUCAUUAUCGAUUGCCAGUAUGUGUUUUGAGUUGGGCAUAAAGUCUGUUGUGUUGUGAUGUAUUCACACCCUUGUAUGUUAUAGAUACUCCACAGUUUGUAUAAGCUUUAGGAGCUGUAGUUGUGUAAACUUUGUUGGUUAUAUUUUGAUUAAGGUGUCUUUAGGUUUACUCGUGAAAUCGGUAAAUUUUGAGGUACAUUUCAUGUAUGUGUUUGACUAGCCUAGGAUCCGCUGUGUUUUGUGGCAUGUGCAAUAGUUUAUAUACUAGAUUGGCAAGUUCAUCACAUGAAAGUUUUAAGCAGAGUCGACAGAUACAGGUACAGAAAAGCGUUGUUCGUCGGCUUCACGCCAUCUUUCGGUCUAAGGUAGCAGGUAGUCCGGGAGGGGGUGUGACAACUUGGUAUCAGAGCAGUUUGCUCCAUGGGAAUUAAGGUAGAGCGGUUAGCUCUAAGAAGAAACUGGAAAGUAAAUAAUUGAACGUCAAGUUAGCUUAAAGGGAACUAGUGGAGUAUGGUCUAGGUAAGGGUAGAAGUGAGUCCAAUUAUUAUUAAUACGUGAGUAGACAUUUAGUAUCAUGCAUUUGAGUUAAGUAUUUAUAGUAUGUCUAAUGUGUUGACAUAUUAUAGGAGUCAUGCCACCACGUACUGGUAGACGACGCCGGCAGAAUCAGGACGGGAUGGAAGGUCCUACCCAAGGUCCAUCUGUAGGGGAAUCUAGUACCCUAGGAGUUCGAGGUGGUGCAGGAAACGAGCAGUUUGCGAGAACAACACAGGAAAUAGGAAGGCCAGAUAGAGCUGAGCCUAGUGAUCCAGAAAAGGCAUACAGAAUUGAACGGCUGAAGAAGUUAGGGGCUACAGUGUUUGAAGGUUCCACAGAUCCAGCUGAUGCAGAGAACUGGUUGAAUAUGCUUGAAAAGUGUUUUGAUGUGAUGAAUUGUCCUGAGGAGCGAAAGGUUAGAUUGGCCACAUUUUUGUUGCAAAAAGAGGCUGAAGGAUGGUGGAAAUCUAUAUUAGCAAGACGCAGUGAUGCACGUGCUUUAGACUGGCAGACUUUUAGAGGCAUACUCGAAGAUAAGUAUUAUCCCAGCACAUACUGCGAAGCCAAGAGGGAUGAAUUUCUGGGGUUGAAACAAGGAUCACUUUUAGUGGCUGAGUAUGAGAGGAAGUAUACCGAGCUUUCACGGUAUGCUGACGUUAUUAUAGCUUCUGAGAGUGACAGGUGCCGAAGGUUUGAAAGAGGGUUUCGUUUUGAAAUACGUACCCCAGUUACAGCCAUUGCUAAGUGGACGAAUUUCUCUCAGUUAGUGGAGACUGCCCUUCGUGUGGAGCAGAGUAUAACAGAAGAGAAAUCGGCAGUGGAGCUUAGUCGUGGGACUUCAACAGCUAGUGGAUUUAGAGGCCGUGAGCAGCGGAGGUUCACGCCUGGGAUAAAUAUUUCAAGCCGUCAAGAUUUUAAGAAUCGCUCUGGAGGCCAAGCAUCGAGGAACGUGAGUUAUGGUAGUGUUUUUCAGAGACAGAGCCAGAGAAUACCUAGUCAACCCAUUAGAUCAACAGUAAGAUCGCAACCAGGUCAGGAGUCCAUUGCUAGUACCGUCAGGCGAAUACCAUGCACGAGUUGUGGCAGGAACCAUCGGGGUCAGUGUUUGGUAGGUGCCGGUGUAUGUUACCAGUGCGGACAGCCAGGACAUUUCAAGAAAUAUUGUCCGCAGUUGAACAUGACAGUUCAGAGAGAUCAGGGAGUUGGGUCCCUGACAGUUGAGCAAUCGAGAGUUUCAGUGGUUCCAACAGAGGGCACCAGUGGUGCAAGGCAAAAGGGAGUUGUUGGAAGACCGAGGCAAUAG